UGAUCGGUUUCAUACGAGCUGAGGCUCAUCGGAGACACAGUUGCUUUACACUUCUAAAGCUAAUCUAAAUUAAUCUGUAAUGUAUGCGUUUUCCUCAGUGAAUUUAAAUCUUCAUUUCAUUGUUCGAUUUACUCUAAAACCCUGUUUCCACAUGGAAUUUAAAGAACAUCCUCGACGCGGAGGAGUAAGAUGGCGAUUGUUUGGACGAUUGCGAGGGGCAGUGUAUCUGUUUAUUUUUCAAUUCAUUUUUCUUAAUCAAACGAAGGCACAGAUCCGGUAUUCCAUCCCAGAGGAGAUGAAGAAAGGGUCCCUUGUUGGUAACGUCGCACAAGAUCUUGGUUUGGAUUUGCAAAGGCUCCGUUCUGGCCGGGCCCGUAUCGUGACCGGAGAAAACAUCCAGUACACGGAGCUGAAGACAGACAAAGGGACUUUGGUUGUGAAUGAGAGAAUAGACCGAGAGCAGCUUUGUGGUGACGUAACACCGUGUAGCUUUACAUUUGAGAUUUUAUUGGAAAAACCAAUGGAGUUGCACCCUGUAACGAUAGAAGUAUUGGACGUAAACGACAACGCUCCCACUUUUCAAAAUAGUCACUUGAAAUUUGAAAUAAGCGAAUCAGCUGUGCUUGGUUCCCGUUUUGAUUUAGAGAGUGCGGACGAUGCUGAUGUUGGGGAAAACAGUCUGCAGAAUUAUAUCUUAACUCCGAACGAGAAUUUUGUUUUGAAACAACAUGUGAAUCCGGACGGCAGUAAAUAUGCUGAAAUGGUGCUUCAGAAACCCUUAGAUAGAGAAGAACAGCCACGCCUGUCUCUAAAACUGUUGGCCGUGGACGGCGGAAAUCCACAGAGAUCGGGUACGGUAAAUAUAGACGUCAACAUUCUAGAUGCCAAUGAUAAUGCCCCUGUGUUUAAUCAGUCUGUGUAUAAGGCCACGGUGAUUGAAAAUGCACCAACAGGCUCUCAUGUUGUUACUGUGAAUGCAAGCGACAUAGAUAGCGGCUUAUACGGACAAGUAACAUAUUCAUUUUCAAAAUCAAAAGCAGGGAUAGCUGAUUUGUUCGAUAUAGAUGAGGCUACUGGAAGAAUAUAUGUGUCCAAGGAAAUAGAUUUUGAAGAAGACAAAAAAAUUGAGUUCAGGGUUGAAGCCAAAGAUCAAGGCGGACUGACAGAUUCUAGCAAAGUUGAAAUUGAGGUAAUCGAUGUAAAUGAUAAUGCUCCGGUCAUUAACGUUAUGUCAUUCACGAGUCCUGUGUCAGAAGAUUCCCCUGCUGGUACCACCAUUGGCAUAAUUAAUGUGAAAGAUCUUGAUUCAGGUGAAAACGGACAAGUAAGGUGCACGAUCGAAGGAAAUGUUCCUUUUAAAAUUAAAUCCAACGUGAGAAAUUAUUAUGCAUUGAUGACUGAUGCUGCAUUAGAUCGUGAAAAUCUGUCAGAAUGUAACAUCACUGUUAUUGCCUCAGACGCAGGAUCGCCACCCCUCUCAACUAAAAGAACAUUUUAUCUUAAGGUCUCAGAUGUCAAUGAUAAUGCUCCAAUAUUUCCACGAGGCUCUUAUAGUGCAUUCAUCACAGAGAAUAACUAUCCAGGUGUAUCUAUACUAAGUGUUAAUGCUAAAGACCCCGAUGAAAACCAGAAUGCCCGUGUUUCCUAUAUUUUGGAAGAGUCUGAGAUAGGCGGAUCUCCAGUUUCUGAAUAUGUGUCUAUAAAUGCAGAAAGUGGAGUGUUACAAGCAGUGCGCUGUUUUGAUUAUGAGCAGAUCAAACAGAUUGGAAUCACUAUCAAAGCGCAGGAUGGCGGCUCUCCUCCACUUAGUAGCAAUGUGACUGUGAAAAUACUGAUCCAGGACCAGAACGACAACCCUCCUCAGGUUCUGUACCCAGUCCAGACUGGUGGCUCUCUGGUGGCUGAAAUGGUGCCUCGUUCAGCAGAUGUGGGCUAUCUGGUCACUAAAGUGGUGGCUGUUGAUGUGGACUCUGGACAGAAUGCCUGGCUCUCCUAUAAACUGCAGAAAGCCACAGACAGGGCGCUGUUUGAAGUGGGCUUACAGAAUGGAGAAAUAAGAACUAUCCGCCAAGUCACUGACAAAGAUGCUGUGAAACAAAGACUGACUGUUAUAGUGGAGGACAACGGGCACCCCUCUCGUUCAGCUACAGUCAUUGUUAACGUGGCGGUGGCGGACAGCUUCCCUGAAGUGCUGUCUGAGUUCACUGACUUUACACACGACAAGGAGUACAAUGACAACCUGACUUUUUACUUAGUGUUGGCUUUGGCUGUAGUUUCCUUCCUCUUCAUCACGUGUUUAGUGGUUAUUAUAUCAGUGAAAAUCUACAGAUGGAGACAGUCUCGCAUCCUGUAUCACUCCAAUCUCCCUGUGAUUCCAUAUUAUCCACCACGUUACUCAGACACUUUGGGGACAGGGACUCUCCAACACGUGUACAAUUACGAGGUGUGCAGGACGACUGACUCCAGAAAGAGUGACUGUAAGUCCGGCAGAGCUGGUAGUCAGAACGUGCUGAUAAUGGACCCCAGUUCUACAGGGACGAUGCAGCGGAUACAGAGUGAAAAGAGCAUCCUGGAUGAACCAGACUCUCCUCUAGAGGUUAGUUCAAUAAUGUAGAUUUGUCUCUGUGCAGUUAUUUCUCCUUCUGUGUUUAGUUACAUUGAUAGUGAAGUGCUUCACUCUAUACCGUCCUUUUCAGCACCAUGGGCAGUAUCUCACGUUGCAGCACUUUAUAGGAAUACUGAUGUAGAACUUAAACAUAUACUCAUUUCUCAGUUAGUGAUAGCGGACUGAGAUAUUUUAGUUUCUAAAUGUGCUUUCACAGCGUGAGUGGUCAACUGAGUCUUUUAGUGUUCAUUCACUCGUGAUUGUUGAAGGAAAGGGUUUGUAAGUGACUAAAAUGAUUCUACUGACAGGCAAAAAUGCUCCAUUCACUGCAACAUUCAACAUCGCUUCCUGAGUCGUGAUAAAGUUGUAGUUGCUUUUUGUUAUUUUUUGUGACAUGUAUUGCAAUGUUCUAUGUA